AUGGACUCGAGGCAACACCUACUGUUUGACACCGACGCCCACAACGUCGACGAUUCCGAAACUAGCUCGGACACGAUCGAAAUGACAGGCCUCGAAGACAUUCCUGUGACGCCGGCACGCACAAACACCUAUGGCACAGCUCGAUACACGAACGGCCCUCACGACUCAGAUGACGAUUCGGAUGGAGAUGACGAAGGAGAACAAGCCCUUUUGGGGUCGCGCACACGCACUCGCGGCCGUGAGCGGUCACCUGAAGGGAAACCGAGCGUGUUCGGCCAGGUCAAGCGUAUAGUUAUAGAGACGGCACCAACGCUGUUGCUCACGACCACCGGCCUCCUGUUUACCGGAGAAAUAUUGGACAUAGUCUCCCACUGGAAAGCCAUGUCCCAAAUUGACGAGCUCAUCAUGAUCAUCCCCGUGAUUCUGAAUCUCAAGGGUAACCUCGAAAUGAACCUCUCUGCGCGCCUGGGAACCGCCGCCAACAUGGGAGACCUUGACCAUCCGUCCAAACGGCACUCUAUAAUCCUUGGAAACCUCUCCCUUCUCCAAGUGCAAGCCACCAUCGUGUCUUUUGUUGCUGUAUGCGUAUCCUUCCUCAUGAACCGAAUAAUGGAAGCUAGCGGCGAUAGCAACCCGCAACUGCUCGGAGAUGUUACCACGGACUUCACUCGCGGACUAUAUGCGCGGGGAGUGCAUAAACCGAAGCCUCACAAGCCCCCACUGCCUUUGCCUCCGUCUGGGCCUGCAGAGUAUCGGACUGAUGCCCGCCUCAGGUUCGCCAUGGUUGCUUCGUCGGCAAUGUGCGCCGCAUGCGCUUCGAGUAUACUCCUCGGGGCCUUUAUGUGCAUGCUCGUCGUGUCAUGUAGACGUCUCGGUCUGGAUCCCGAUAACAUUGCCCCUCCCGUGGCUGCUUGCCUGGGAGAUCUCGUCACGUUAUCGCUCCUGGGCGUAAUUGCGGAGCUCCAUCUCUACGUCCUUCACACGCCCAUACCACUCAUCAUAGUUCUAACCCUUGUGGCUGCUGCUGUUGGGUGGACCUUUGUGACCAAUCGCAACGAGAAUGUGAAGCACCUCCUGAGGGAAGGUUGGUCGCCCCUUUUCAUCGCUAUGGCCAUCAGCAGUGGAACGGGCAUAGUGCUGGAUACCUUCGUCGAGCGCUACAGCGGGUUUGCGUUACUAGCAGUUGUCAUCACCGGUCUUCCUGGUGGUGUAAGCUCAAUUUUCGUAUCUCGCCUAUCGACCGCCCUCCACGCCGCUACGGCCAAAGCGUCGUCCCUGGUAUCCUCUGUCCAGGACCUCGACAAGGAUAAGCACCACCCCAGUCCCCGACUGGUCAUGAUGACCUUGAUCGCCGUCAGCAUUCCUAUCGAGAUCGCGUUUCUCACCACAGUACACCUCCUCGGAUGGAUCCAUCUACCCUUCUUGUUCAUCGUGCUCCAGGUUCUCUUUUUCCUCAUCGCUAUCACUAUCUCUCUCCUCAUGUCCCAGCUCAUCACAACACUCCUAUGGAAACGGGGAUUGGACCCCGACAUGUACGCGCUACCUUGCCAGUCGGCGCUCACGGACCUCGUCGGCCAGCUCUUACUCGUCGCGUGUUACGAGCUCGCGUCGCUGCUGGGUGCGCAGGUGGCGCUCAAGCACAAGCACUAG